AUGGGGACCCUGCACUGGGCUUUGGCUCUGCUCAUACUUAUAUGUGGGGUGAUAGCAGAAUCUAGCGUGAGCCCCGACCCCACACCUACCGACUCACUCGAUGGCGGCUCCGGUGCCACUCCCUCCGACUCCACACCUACCGACUCACUCGAUGGCGGCUCCGGUGCCACUCCCUCCGACUCCACACCUACCGACUCACUCGAUGGCGGCUCCGGUGCCACUCCCUCCGACUCCACACCUACCGACUCACUCGAUGGCGGCUCCGGUAGCACUCCCUCCGACCCCACACCUACCGACUCACUCGAUGGCGGCUCCGGUAGCACUCCCUCCGACUCCACACCUACCGACUCACUCGAUGGCGGCUCCGGUAGCACUCCCUCCGACUCCACACCUACCGACUCACUCGAUGGCAGCUCCGGUGCCACUCCCUCCGACUCCACACCUACCGACUCACUCGAUGGCGGCUCCGGUGCCACUCCCUCCGACUCCACAUCUACCGACUCACUCGAUGGCGGCUCCAGUAGCACUCCCUCCGACUCCACACCUACCGACUCACUCGAUGGCGGCUCCUGUGCCACUCCCUCCGACUCCACACCUACCGACUCACUCGAUGGCGGCUCCGGUAGCACUCCCUCCGGCUCCACACCUACCGACUCACUCGAUGGCGGCUCCAGUAGCACUCCCUCCGGCUCCACACCUACCGACUCACUCGAUGGCGGCUCCAGUAGCACUCCCUCCGACUCCACACCUACCGACUCACUCGAUGGCGGCUCCUGUGCCACUCCCUCCGGCUCCACACCUACCGACUCACUCGAUGGCGGCUCCGGUAGCACUCCCUCCGACUCCACACCUACCGACUCACUCGAUGGCGGCUCCUGUGCCACUCCCUCCGACUCCACACCUACCGACUCACUCGAUGGCGGCUCCGGUGCCACUCCCUCCGACUCCACAUCUACCGACUCACUCGAUGGCGGCUCCAGUAGCACUCCCUCCGACUCCACACCUACCGACUCACUCGAUGGCGGCUCCGGUAGCACUCCCUCCGACUCCACACCUACCGACUCACUCGAUGGCGGCUCCAGUAGCACUCCCUCCGACCCCACACCUACCGACUCACUCGAUGGCGGCUCCGGUGCCACUCCCUCCGACCCCACACCUACCGACUCACUCGAUGGCGGCUCCGGUGCCACUCCCUCCGACCCCACACCUACCGACUCACUCGAUGGCAGCUCCGGUGCCACUCCCUCCGACCCCACACCUACCGACUCACUCGAUGGCGGCUCCGGUAGCACUCCCUCCGACUCCACACCUACCGACUCACUCGAUGGCGGCUCCAGUAGCACUCCCUCCGACUCCACACCUACCGACUCAUCCAGUGAUGGCAGUUCCACUGAAGCUCCCCCCGGCCCCACUCCUACCAACCCACCCAGUGAUGGCAGUUCCACUGAAGCGCCCCCCGGCCCCACUCCUACCAACCCACCCAGUGAUGGCAGUUCCACUGAAGCUCCCCCCGGCCCCACUCCUACCAACCCACCCAGUGAUGGCAGUUCCACUGAAGCGCCCCCCGGCCCCACUCCUACCAACCCACCCAGUGAUGGCAGUUCCACUGAAGCUCCCACCGGCCCAACUCCUACCAACCCACACAGUGAUGGCAGUUCCACUGAAGCUCCCCCCGGCCCCACUCCUACCAACCCACCCAGUGAUGGCAGUUCCACUGAAGCUCCCCCCGGCCCCACUCCUACCAACCCACCCAGUGAAGGCAGCCCCACUGAAGCUCCCCCCGGCCCAACUCCUACCAACCAACCCAGUGAUGACAGUUCCACUGAAGCUCCCCCCGGUCCCACUCCUACCAACCCACCCAGUGAUGGCAGUUCCACUGAAGCACCCCCCGGCCCCACUCCUACCAACCAACCCAGUGAUGGCAGUUCCACUGAAGCUCCCCCCGGCCCCACUCCUACCAACCAACCCACUCCCACCGGCCCAACUCCUACCAACCCACACAGUGAUGGCAGUUCCACUGAAGCUCCCCCCGGCCCCACUCCUACCAACCCACCCAGUGAUGGCAGUUCCACUGAAGCUCCCCCCGGCCCCACUCCUACCAACCCACCCAGUGAAGGCAGCCCCACUGAAGCUCCCCCCGGCCCCACUCCUACCAACCCACCCAGUGAUGGCAGUUCCACUGAAGCUCCCCCCGGCCUAACUCCUACCAACCCACCCAGUGAUGGCAGUUCCACUGAAGCUCCCCCCGGCCCCACUCCUACCAACCCACCCAGUGAUGGCAGUUCCACUGAAGCACCCCCCGGCCCCACUCCUACCAACCCACCCAGUGAUGGCAGUUCUACUGAAGCUCCCCCCGGCCCCACUCCUACCAACCCACCCAGUGAUGGCAGUUCCACUGAAGCACCCCCCGGCCCCACUCCUACCAACCCACCCAGUGAUGGCAGUUCUACUGAAGCUCCCCCCGGCCCCACUCCUACCAACCCACCCAGAGAUGGCAGUUCCACUGAAGCUCCCCCCGGCCCCACACCUACCAACCCACCCAGUGAUGGCAGUUCCACUGAAGCUCCCCUCGGCAGUUCUACUGAAGCUCCCCCCGGCCCCACUCCUACCAACCCACCCAGUGAUGGCAGUUCUACUGAAGCUCCCCCCGGCCCCACACCUACCAACCCACCCAGCGAUGGCAGUUCCACUGAAGCUCCCCCCGGCCCCACACCUACCAACCCACCCAGUGAUGGCAGUUCCACUGAAGCUCCCCCCGGCCACACACCUACCAACCAACCCAGUGAUGGCAGUUCAACUGAAGCUCCCCCCGGCCCCACACCCACCAACCCACCCAGUGAUGGCAGUUCCACGGAAGCUCCCUCUGGCCCCACACCUACCAACCCACCCAGUGAUGGCAGUUCCACUGAAGCUCCCUCCGGCCCCACGCCUACCAACCCACCCAGUGAUGGCAGUUCCACUGAAGCUCCCCCCGGCCCCACACCUACCAACCCACCCAGUGAUGGCAGUUCCACGGAAGCUCCCUCUGGCCCCACACCUACCAACCCACCCAGUGAUGGCAGUUCCACUGAAGCUCCCUCCGGCCCCACGCCUACCAACCCACCCAGUGAUGGCAGUUCCACUGAAGCUCCCCCCGGCCCCACACCUACCAACCCACCCAGUGAUGGCAGUUCUACUAAAGCUACCCCCGGCCCCACUCCUACCAACCCACCCAGUGAUGGCAGUUCCACUGAAGCUCCCCCCGGCCCCACACCUACCAACCCACCCAGUGAUGGCAGUUCCACUGAAGCUCCCCCCGGCCCCACUCCUACCAACCCACCCAGUGAUGGCAGUUCCACUGAAGCUCCCCCCGGCCCCACACCUACCAACCCACCCAGUGAUGGCAGUUCCACUGAAGCUCCCCCCGGCCCCACUCCUACCAACCCACCCAGUGAUGGCAGUUCCACUGAAGCGCCCCCCGGCCCCACACCUACCAACCCACCCAGUGAUGGCAGUUCCACUGAAGCUCCCCCCGGCCCCACUCCUACCGGCUCACCUGACAAAACCAUUAGAGCCACAACUGUAGAAACAACCUCUCCUGCUGGCACCACAAGUAAAGGAACCUGUGUACAUGGACACCAGAGUGGUGCAAUCUGCGUGUGUGAUGAGAAUUUCCAUGGCAGCAAGUGCGAGUUAAUUUCCAGUGAAAUAAGACCAGUUUCCUAUGUUGGUGAUUAA